GAAUUUCAAUGUUUCAUGGAACUGAACCCGAUUUUUCUAGGGCUUCGAUUUGUGAAUACUGUUGAUUUCCCAGAUCCAAGUUUUCACUUUUACUUAUGUUUGCAGCAAGAGGAUGAAGAGAUGCUUGUGCCGCAUUCGGAUUUUGUGGUCGAGGGUCCUCAGCCCAUGGAAGUUGUUCCUGCAGAAACAAGUAAUACAGCUGAAGUGCAGUCAGAUGAUACCCCAUCUGCACGGUUCACUUGGACAAUUGACAACUUCACGAGGUUGAACAACAAGAAGCUGUAUUCUGAGACUUUCAACAUUGGAGGAUAUAAAUGGCGGGUGCUUAUAUUUCCAAAGGGGAACAAUGUGGACCAAUUAUCAAUGUACCUAGAUGUUGCAGAUUUUGCUAAUUUGCCCUAUGGAUGGAACAGAUAUGCUCAGUUCAGUUUGGCUGUGAUCAACCAAAUUCAUAAUAAGUUCACAAUAAAGAAAGAUACACAACAUCAAUUCAAUGCCAGAGAAAGUGACUGGGGUUUUACUUCUUUUAUGCCACUCAGUGAUUUAUAUGACCCAAGUAGAGGUUAUCUGGUGAAUGACUCAAUUCUCAUUGAAGCUGAUGUUGCUGUGAGAAAGGUUGCUGAUUACUUUUCACACGACUCAAAGAAGGAAACUGGUUAUGUUGGACUAAAAAACCAGGGGGCUACUUGCUACAUGAAUUCUCUUCUGCAGACAUUGUACCACAUUCCCUAUUUCAGAAAAGCUGUGUACCAUAUGCCGACAACUGAGAAUGAUAUGCCAUCAGGGAGCAUCCCCUUAGCUUUGCAGAGCUUAUUCUAUAAACUUCAGUAUAGCGAGACUAGUGUAGCUACAAAAGAGUUGACUAAGUCAUUUGGGUGGGACACAUACGAUUCAUUCAUGCAACAUGAUGUGCAAGAACUGAAUAGAGUAUUGUCUGAGAAGCUUGAAGAUAAAAUGAAGGGUACUGUUGUGGAGGGUACUAUUCAACAACUUUUUGAAGGGCACCACAUGAAUUACAUAGAAUGCAUCAAUGUGGAGUACAAGUCUACUAGAAAGGAGUCCUUCUAUGAUCUCCAGCUUGACGUUAAAGGGUGUAAGGAUGUUUACGCGUCCUUUGAUAAGUAUGUAGAAGUUGAACGCCUUGAAGGCGAUAAUAAAUAUCAUGCAGAACAAUUCGGUUUACAGGAUGCAAGGAAGGGUGUUCUGUUCCUUGACUUUCCUCCUGUUCUCCAACUUCAAUUAAAACGUUUUGAAUAUGAUUUUAUGCGGGAUACGAUGGUAAAGAUCAAUGAUCGGUAUGAGUUCCCAUUACAACUUGAUCUUGACAGAGAUAAUGGAAAAUAUUUAGCACCUGAAGCUGAUAGGAGUAUUCGGAACCUGUAUACACUACACAGUGUCUUGGUUCACAGUGGUGGGGUGCACGGUGGACAUUACUAUGCUUAUAUUAGACCGACCCUCUCUGAUCAAUGGUACAAAUUUGAUGAUGAACGUGUGACAAAAGAAGAUUUGAAAAAGGCAUUGGAAGAACAGUUUGGUGGUGAGGAGGAGCAGUUGCCGCAAACAAAUCCUGGAUUCAACAACUCGCCAUUUAAGUUCACAAAAUAUUCAAAUGCUUAUAUGCUCGUGUAUAUACGUGAAACUGACAAAGAUAAAAUAAUAUGUAAUGUUGAUGAGAAGGAUAUAGCAGAGCACCUUAGGGUUAGGUUAAAGAAAGAACAAGAAGAGAAGGAACUAAAGAAAAAAGAGAAAUCAGAGGCUCAUCUUUAUACAGUAAUAAAGGUCGCUCGAGAUGAGGAUAUUCGGAUGCAGAUUGGUACGGAUGUAUAUUUUGAUCUUGUCGACCACGAGAAAGUUAGACAUUUUCGCAUCCAAAAACAAUUGCCUUUCAAUACGUUCAAGGAAGAAAUUGCCAAGGAGUAUGGUAUCCCUGUACAAUUUCAACGUUUCUGGUUGUGGGCAAAGCGACAAAACCAUACAUAUCGCCCAAAUCGCCCAUUGACACCUCAGGAGGAAGCUCAAUCUGUUGGCCAAGUAAGAGAGGUAUCUAAUAAAGCAAACAAUGCAGAGCUAAAACUGUUUCUGGAAGUAGAACUUGGACCGGAUUUGCAUCCAAUUCCUCCUUCUCUAAAGACUAAAGAGGAGAUUUUGCUCUUUUUCAAGUUAUAUGAUCCAUUGAAAGAGGAGUUACGGUAUGUUGGACAUCUAUUUGUGAAGGCCAGUGCUAAGCCAACUGAAAUUUUACCAAAGCUGAAUGAAUUAGCUGGAUUUGCCCCAGAUGAAGAAAUUUCGCUCUUUGAGGAAAUAAAGUUCGAACCAAAUGUGUUGUGUGAACACAUAGACAUGAAGCUCACUUUUCGCAGUUGUCAGCUUGAAGAUGGUGACAUCAUUAGCUUCCAGAAAUCUCAUGGUGAAAGUAAUGAGCAAUGCCGCUACCCCGACGUUCCUUCAUUCUUGGAAUAUGUGCAUAAUCGUCAGGUUGUUCACUUCCGAUCUUUGGAGAAACCUAAAGAGGACGAAUUUUGUCUUGAAUUGUCAAAGCUUCACAAUUAUGAUGAUAUUGUUGAUAGAGUGGCCCAACAGUUGUCCUUGGACAAUCCAGCCAAAAUAAGGCUAACAUCACAUAAUUGCUAUUCCCAACAACCUAAACCACAGCCAAUCAAGUAUAGAGGAGUUGAGCAUCUAUCAGAUAUGCUUGUCCAUUACAAUCAGACUUCAGAUAUUCUCUACUUUGAAGUGAUGGAUAUUCCGCUCCCAGAACUUCAAGGCUUGAAAACACUAAAAGUUGCUUUUCAUCACUUAACCAAGGAUGAAGUAGCAGUUCAUAUUAUUAGAUUACCGAAGCAAAGUACUGUUGGGGAUGUCAUUAAUGAACUUAGAACAAAGCAGGUAGAGUUAUCUCAUCCAAAUGCUGAAUUAAGGUUGCUUGAAGUGUUCUAUCACAAAAUAUACAAGGUUUUCCCAACCAAUGAGAAGAUUGAGAACAUCAAUGAUCAAUACUGGACGUUACGUGCAGAAGAGAUACCAGAAGAGGAGAAAAAUAUUGCUGCUCAUGAUCGUUUGAUUCAUGUUUAUCAUUUCAUACGAGAUACUACUCAGAGCCAGGCGCAGCAAAUCCAAAACUUUGGGGAUCCAUUUUUUCUAGUUAUCCAGGAGUCUGAAACACUGGGUGAAAUUAAAUUAAGAGUUCAAAAGAAAUUGCAGGUCCCAGAUGAGGAGUUUUCUAAGUGGAAGUUUGCAUUUAUAUCAUUGGGUCGACCUGAAUAUCUUCAAGACUCUGACACUCUUUCCAACCGAUUUCAGAGAAAUGUUUAUGGUGCUUGGGAACAGUACCUUGGGUUAGAGCAUGCUGAUACUGCUCCUAAAAGAUCAUAUGCAGCUAAUCAGAACCGACAUACAUAUGAGAAGCCUGUCAAAAUCUACAACUAGAAGAUCCGAAAAGAAUCUCCUCCCCCAUCCUCAUGUUUGCCAUAUUCAAUGGUUGGAGGCUCUUUUCAUGAAACUAGCUCCAAUAUCCCUUUUUCUCUCUGCCUGAGGUUACAAUUAUUUUGCAGUAGUGUAAUUUUGAUCAAAGGGGUGAUGAGGUGUGUUAGUUAUUGACCAAGCAUAAAACUUGGUUUCUUCACGAGCCAAUAUGAUCCCGCUUUUUUCUUUUUGUUUUUUUUCUUUCUUCUUCCUUCUUCGUCAGUGGGUGAUGAUACUUGUUCCCUUUGAGAUUGAAAUGGCUAUUACAAAUGUAGGAAUAUAUAUGAGAUUUUGGAGAGAAUAGUGUAUAGGGGGUAUAGGUAUUAUUGUGGUUCUUGAGUGUUGUUAUUGGCUCCUAUUUUUCCUUGUUCAACAAUUCUCUUUCCCCUCUGGGCUAUCUCAUAUACCUACUAUAUAGAAACAUUUAAACAGCCAGAGGAACUGUAUAAUGUUUGUUUGAUUCUGUUAUUAGUUUCUGGAUUGUCCUGAGUUUGGGAGGAAUUUCAAAAGUUUUUUUUCUUCUUAUAAUAUGAUAUUGAUUUCAUCU